GUGAGAGAAACCUGCUUACACACGCUGAUUCAUUUUCCUACAGUUUGAGGGGAAAUAAACCCUCUUCCUCAGAUAUUUAGCCUUCGGAACAUAUUAGCCGUCUUAAUACCACAUUAAUAUGGUCUCAACAGAUUUCAAAUCUGUGCUCCAGAGGUUUUACCAGCUUCAGUCCGAGAGACUCGAGACUUACCGGCUCUUCGAAGAAGGUCACGAGGCCUACCUGAGGACAGGGCCCCAGUAUGACUUCGACCACUACAGGCAGCUGGUUCACGAGAUCACCCAGGCUUUUUCCGGCAUCUCUAAGGAGGUGCUGCAAAUCAAGACAAGGCUUGACCAGGACUUCGACAGAGCCGAUCUCUCAGAGCACAUUGAAAAGUUGCAGAGCAAAGAGAAGCAGAAACUUGAGCUGACUGCUAAACUGCAGCUGGCCCGGCAGCAGGCCCAGGACCACCCCGAGGAAGAAGGCAGUCAGGAAAAGAUCCAGGAACUCAAGCAGGAGAUCAUCAAAAACAAAGAGGCUCUGAGUGAAAUAAUGCAGGACUUCAAGUACGACUCGGAGGACUGACGCCUUCUUCCUGUCAGAUGGAGGUUAAUCAUAGCGAUGGACUUCAUCAGACCUGAAUUGAUGAUCUUCUCGGACUGAAAACUGUUCCAUACAGUUGGACGUCAGAAGAGUUUUAGUGUCUUAAACAGCAAACAAUCUUAUUUACAUGAACUUCUUCAGAUGAUAUUUUUGAUAAUAAAACACAUUGGU